UUCCAACCCACUACAACUUUUGCUUUAUUAUUUCGCGGCCAUUUAGGGAGACUGGAAGUGAUGUGGUUUUUCUGGUAGAGGUUUUAAGGAAAACAAUCUGGAUUUAUUUACUAAACAUCAACUUCAGAAAGUAGGCUAUUUGAUUUCAUAAACCCUCUCGCAGCAGCAGGACUUGGUGAUCUUUGCUUGCUCAUUUAGACUUAAGCCGUUUUCUUAAAGGGGAUCGGAUACACUGCACGUCAUCCUCGGUCCAGUGCCACUCCCGAAGGAUUAAGUUGUUGGAAUAUGGAGCAAAGGCACUAAGCACAGGAGCGGGAGUCAUCUUGUGUGGCCGAGUGGGUCGCCCCGUGUCCGGCCUUGCGAGUGCUGGAAAUCCCGUUAUAAUGGGAUGCGGACUACGGAAACUGGAGGACCCGGAGGACAGCAGCCCGGGGAAAAUCUACUCUACUUUAAAGAGACCACAGGUCGAGACCAAAACAGACUCCGUGUACGAGUAUGUGCUUCUGGACUUCAGUUUGGAAGGCAGUCGGCCCACAGUGCAGUAUCUAUCCUCUCUGUGUGAGCUGCCCCAUGCCCUGCAGUCCUACUACACCCAAGGCUUUGUACUGGCCACCCUGCAUCCCAUCAUCCUCUCAGUGGGCCGGACCCGCUCUCUGCCCUGCAGCCUGCUCUACAGGGCCAUUCUGGUCCGCCCACGGUCCAGUAAUCAUGCUGUGCCGAUGAUUGACAGCUUGCCAGUGUUGCGAGUGGAGGAGUGGCCUCUACCUGGAGAGUCUCUGACCAGUGACACAGUGAGACUGCUCAUAGACAGGGUGAACAGCUAUGCCCGGGGUGGUGUGAGGUUUGUGGGAUCAGUGCUUCAGCAGGCUGGAGGAGGGGGUUGUAACGGUAGAGUGCCCAGUCCCAGGAGGGGCUGCCGCUCCCCGUCCCGCACCCCACCUCGCACGCCGCCCGGAGACGGAGAUCUAGAGGGCCGUGGCUACAGCCCAGACCUGAGAUUGUUGGUGCUGUUUCACUCCUGGGCUCCGGGCUGUGCCCCGCUGGACUCUCUCGCCUGCUGUUACCACCAGGGGGCGCUGUCCAUGCGUGUGUCCAGAAAGGGCCAAGUUGUUAGUGCCCUGGAAGCUGAUUGGCUGGAACUGACCGCAGCUUACUACCGCAAGGGCUGGUCACUGGUCGACUCCUUUAUAUAUUGGGACACACCUAAAGGUGAGCCAGUGCCCAGGUCUCUAGAGGGGCUGUUUGUCUACGAGGAGAAAAGCACAGCGCCACCUGCCAAUGACACUAUUGUAGUGGAGCAGUGGACUGUUAUAGAGGGUUCAGAUGUGAAGACCGACUAUGGUCCUCUGCUCCACACAUUAGCAGAGUUCGGCUGGCUGCUCACCUGUGUGCUGCCCACCCCAAUUAUUCGCCAUGACAGUGAAGGAAAUCUCGCCACUAAACAAGUUGUUUUUCUUCAAAGACCUGUCAAAGGCCAAUCGGUACCACGGCACAAUCAGGGAACCACGCGGCGAGAGGUGUCCAGUCACUCAGUGAGUCGAGGUGUGGAGGAAGCGCACACAGAGCUGUCGUCUCCAUGUUCAGGGGGGAUCGGUGGUUUCCCGGUGUUUGGAGGAGGGUAUCUCAGUGCACUCUCCCACCUAGAUGAGGGAGGAUUUGAGCCAGACGAUGGGGCUGCAGAAGUCACCUGUAUGUGACGCACCGAAUCAAAGACGCAAUUUGUUUUGUCCGACAGAAACCUUUGAUGGUUACGAGCUGCAGCAAUGCCCUAGAAUUUACUACGUCACAAGGACAAAGAGAUUGGCAUUCUUGUAUUAGAAACGGACUCAUAGCACUUUUAACUUUUCGUAAGUUAUUUUUUAACAAGCCAUAACGUAUCAUAGAGGUCAGUUUUAUUUUACCCUUUUAUUUUUAAUUGAAAGCACAAAGUACGUGCAAUCCUUCUCUUUUUUUGACACAAAGUAUCAAAAACAGCACUGAAAGUCACUUAUUUGCAACAGCAGUAUUUCACAGCACUCGCACGACACAACUACAUGUACAGUUCAUAUCACAUUUGUAGCACAAUAACAACACAACAGAAACAAGAAAAAGGCUUCAACACCUCAACAAAUCUUUUUUCUCUCCUUAUCACCGAGUAUCCUUCCUCACUGUUCGUUUUCCUGUUCCUUUUUUACUUCAAACCAACUGACUAUUGAGUU